GAAAGAAUGUUAGUCUCUGCUAGUCAUCCUUUAGCCGCCUGAGAGAAAGAGAAACGACAGGAGAGGAGAGGAGCUCUACGCAAAACCUGCUCUGCCUCAUAGCCCUGGCCCUGCCAAUGGCAGCCUCUACGCCAGAGUGAGGAAGAGGAGUAGUGACAAAGGAGGUGAUAUGUUUCCCCAGGCAACCAGCGGCCCUAUCCCCAGUGACCUUGCCCUGUCAGCCGGUAGUGAUUCAGGCUUCUCUAUUGCCUCCCAGUGGACAGGGGUUAUUACUGCAGUGAGCCCUGGGAGAGGGCCCAGUGAGGACGAACGUACCCAGCAAAGGAGGCUUCUAUCUGGGGUUGGCCUGGAGAAGGCUCAGCCUCCUCUGGAAGACAUGACAAAGCUCCCAGCCUCCAGUAAUGGAGAGGGGAAGAUGGACGGGGACAAGGAAGGCUUAGGGCAGCCUGUCAACGAGGAGACCUUGCCCAGCGAGAGGGAGACAGACAUCCUGGAUGAUGACGAGUUUAUCCCUGAAGCUAGCCCUGCCUUGGACAGGCAUAGCUUGGCUAGCAUCGGCUCAUUGUCCUCUGAGAGCCUGCCUGAAGCCCAGCAAUUGGUCCAGAGUGGAAGUGGAUACUCCACCCCCUCCACCUACACCACCCAAUCAUGGGUGCAGCAGCAGCAGGCAGUCGACGCCCCAGAGGGGGAGGAGCAAACAGACCAGGGGUGGGACAGCCCUGUGGACACACCUCCUCUGAUUGGUCCAGACACCCUGUCAGUUCCAGACAUGCCCAAUACGGGGACCAGCAGAAGAGAGGUGUUGCAGAGACAAAUGGAGGGUGGGGUGGGGGUUGAGAGGUCGCCUGUGCAGAUGGACAGCGACAAACAUUCCACACACACCACAUAUGCCACACACACCACACAUGUCCAACACAGUACACAUGCCACACACACCACACACACACCCCUACCCUCAGGGGAACUCUAUGGGCAGGAGGAGCUUGCCUCGUUAGUAACAGACAUGGAUGAGUCCAUCGAGCAGCUCAACCGGUUAAUCCUUGACCUGGACCCCACCUUCAUACCUGUCCCCACCCGACAUCCCGUCCCCCCCCUGUCCCGCUCCGCCUCCCUCCACACCAAUGGGAUAAGCCAAACGACAACCCACGCCAACGCCAGCCAAUCAGGCUGGAAGCAUAGACAGGCCAGUGAUGUCACAGAUUACCCAGGGUUCCAUAGUCCGGGUUGGAGCGGAGCCCAGACGUUCCAGAACUCUCUGAUCUUCAGGCCCAACCUUCUUCCCUCUCAGCGUGGCCGUCUCUACAGGAUGGAGGACUAUGAAGGACAGACUCCAGUGACGGAGAGCUGUGACAUCAUCCCACCCACACCAGCAUUUCCUGUUUCUCCUCCAACGCCCUGUGUAAAAAGUUGUCCAGAUGUCUCUUACAUGAGGCAUGGCAAGGGACAGUGGGAGAUGAGCAGAACAUCACAAGAUUCUCGAAGUUUCCUGGACAGUAGUAUGAACCAAACUCCAGCCUCGUCGAAUGGAGACUUUUUCUGCUCGUCCUUCACUCCCUGUCAGAGAAUGUUCAGAUCCAUGCACUCUGUAUCGCCACACACAAACAGCCUCCUCAAUGUGCACAGAUCUCCCCUGGGGGCCGAGAGGGACCUGGAGGGGUCUGGGGGCCAGAGCCGGGGUGAGAGGAACCAGGAUGCCCAAAGCCAGGGGGAUUUAGUCUCUCUGCUGCUGGGGAAUGGACAUCUUGGUCUGGAGGACAGCCUGUUGGAAGCUGUGGAGGGGCUGGGGGGGCUGGAUCUAGGCCUGGGGCUUGGAGAGGGUGGACUGACACGACUGCCACCCGUGCUGCCUGAGAAGAGGGUACCAGGGCUGGCUGGGUCCCGCUCCCCCUCUCUCAGUGGAUUAUCCAGCCCCCACAGUGGUAGUAGUCUCAGCAUCCCCUUCCCCUCAGCCAUGACUCCAGCCCCUUUCAGAGGACUCAGCCCUGGUGGUGGUGGAGCCCCUUUGCCUGGAUCAGACCCAUUUUCCAGUAAGCAGGAUAAUGUCAAGUUUGUUCAGGACACUUCCAAAUUCUGGUACAAGCCUGACAUCUCCAGAGAUCAAGCCAUCGGUGUGCUGAAGGACAGAGAACCUGGAUCCUUCAUCGUCAGGGACAGUCACUCGUUCCGCGGAGCCUACGGAUUGGCUAUGAAGGUGGCCACACCCCCCCCCUCUGUCCUGACACAGAGCAAGAAAGUGGGUGGCGACCUAUCCAAUGAACUGGUUAGGCACUUCCUGAUUGAGUGCACACAGAAAGGGGUGCAGCUUAAGGGCUGUCCCAAUGAACCCUACUUCGGAAGUCUGACUGCGUUGGUCUGUCAACAUUCCAUUACCCCUUUGGCCCUGCCCUGCAAACUCAUCAUCCCCGAAAGAGAGACAAGUGAUCCCUCAACACAGUCAGUAACCAACUCUGCUGCUGAGCUACUCAAACAGGGAGCAGCUUGCAGUGUGUGGUUCUUGGGCUCAGUAGAGCUGGAGUCUUUGACAGGGUACCAGGCUGUACAAAAGGCAGCCAGUCUGACUCUGGCCAUGGACCCUCCUCCAACCUCCACUGUAGUUAAUUUCAAAGUCUCAACACAGGGCAUCACUCUCACCGACAAUCAGAGGAAGCUGUUCUUCAGGAGACACUACACCGUCAAUACCGUCAUUUUCUGUGCCCUUGACCCACAGGACCGCAAGUGGACAAGAGAUGGCUGCUCGUCUGCUAAGAUCUUUGGUUUUGUGGCGAGGAAGUCGAUGAGUGGGACGGAGAAUGUGUGUCACCUGUUUGCUGAACACGACCCCGAACAACCUGCCAGUGCCAUCGUCAACUUCGUCUCCAAGGUGUUGAUUGGAUCACUGAAGAAAUAAGACCUGGACACACGCGCACACACACACACCUCACACGCACACACACCUCACACACACUCACACACCACACACCUCACACUCACACACCACACACACACACAUAGAGUUUGUCCUGCUGGUACAUACUGCAUUUAAAUGCCGAUGUAGAGAAGACUAAUGUGUUGCAUUAUGGCAAACUACCAGCAGAGGGCAGCACAGUAGCAACAUCUUUACCCUGCCACCAGGGUUGUAGGGUGACAUUUCACCUUGACGCUGGUCAGAUUUUGCAUUUCCCCCGCUUAUGGUUAAGAUUAGGUGAGGGGAAAUCUGAACAUAUCAUAGAUCUGUUCCUAGAGGAAACUUGACCCUGAAGUGCAUCGAGGACUUAAUCUUCUCAAGAAAACCAAUGCUUAUAUUAACGAAGUCUGCUUAUCAGAUGAGGCUGAUGGGCAGAGACCAUUGUGAUGGCUGGAAUGUACGGUAUCAAACACAUGGUUACAAUGGUCCCGCCCUCCUAUAUUGACGCCCACCAGCCGCCACUGAUAUGAUCUGGAUGUCAUUGUAAAGGGAGGGAAUCUGUCAUGUAUGUUAGUAUUUUUAGGACAUUUUUUUCCAACAACUUUAUUUGUUUAACUGUAAUUUGUAUGAUAUUACCCUAUAAUCACACAGCAUUACUAGUCUGGCUAUACCUGCCAUGCCGAGUAAAAGGCUUUCAACAAUGAAUAGGGUCACUUUCAAUCACUUCAGCCAAUCCUUUUUAACUCAUAUCAUCAGUAAAACAUAGGAUACCCUACAAUCCAGUGCUUGUCUUGGGCCAGAACACACCAAUAUAAACUGUAUCCGGCACCUAAAAUGAGUACCGACACCCAAAAGGAUUUCAGUCAAGCACUGCUACAAUCGACUGGGUUUGUUUAGCAUCAACUUAAUAGUUAAGCCCCACCAUGGAGUAGCACCAUAUCAUAGAGUUUAAGAUUAAAGCUAGAGCACUGAUGUCUUCGACAAAUCAGACCACACUGAUCGGUUAAAAUUAGCGAGUGACCGUUCUAUUGCAUAUGACAGCAGAGUAUCGUCUGCUAUUUUUUUUUAUUCAUCUCCUGACAAUACUACAUGUUGAAUCGACUCCGUUUGUCGACACCCAGCAGGCAUCUUCUGCGUACAGCCCACGUUUGUUAUAUUAGACAAAAGCCUAUAUCUGGUGUCCCUUUCAACAGAUAUUAGCAGAUUUUAAAAGAUGUGGGUUUUAUACAUUGGCUGAAAUAUUUAUAAUUGAUGUGCAUAUGUUUUUAUAAAUACUUAUGUCUUUGAACACAUAAUUGUCUGUAUAUUUAACAUGAUACAUUAGGUUUGAAAGAUGAAUAACUCUGGGGAGAUAUGAAACAGUGCAACAUAUUGUUGUAAGGAGCACUAUGAUUACUGUCUUGUUCUUGACAAUGGCAUGGUGUAGCACUGGUAACUGUGUGAGGAACAGUAGUGUACCUCUGGUCAAACGUAGUGCACUAUAUUGGAAAUAAGCUCCCAUUUGGGAUGUACACCGAAGUCUCUUCCUUGUCGUAUUGUUGGAGAGUCGAAGGGAACUGUUUUCCAUACUCACAUGUUUCUGUGAUCCAUGUCUCCUACUUCUGUGUUUUCCUGAGUUCUCUGGCCCAAGAGCAUAACUUGAGUACUCUAUUGCACAUGAGGUUGGUGGCACCUUUUAUUUGGGGGCGACGGGCUACUGGUAAUGGCUGGAGUGGAAUUGUAUCAAACACAUCAAACACAUGGUUUCCAUGUGUUUGACGCCAUUCUGUUUGCUUCGUUCCGGCCAACCGCAAGGCUGUCCUCCCCUCAGCAGCCUCCACUGCUCUAUUUUAAGAAUUUGUAAAUUCAUGUUACUUCACUCACAUAUAUAAAAUAGAACUAGAACUCAUAUAUUACAUUCCUACUUUUGUCAUUUAGGCUACAGCCACAUAGGUGUGUUGAGUCGCUCUGGAUAAGAGCGUCUGCUAAAUGACUUAAAUGUAAAUGUAAAUGUGUCCAAAACUUCCGGAUUGAGCAAAUGCUUUUUUCAUUAUCCGUUGAUUAUUGUCAGACAAAAACUGCACAACUCGUCUUGUCUUUUGACACAUGCAACUUGUCCUAAGAUCGUUUCAUUAAGUUAAACUUUUGAUGGACAAAAACAGAAAACUGAUGAAUGCAUAUACAGUUUCAUCUGCGCUCAUGCGUCUCUGUGUGGCCGCAGCCAUAUGAAAAUGUCAAUUAGAGUAUUUUUUUUCCAGUAGAUGGCACAGAUCAAUCACAAAAUAAACAAAUGUAGGAUGUCG